AGCCUCACACCAAUGGCGGCCAUGUUUGUUGUGCUUUCCUUGCGUCGCUUACAGUAAAAUGAAAGUGUUUCAAAUUACAAGACAAAUUGAGAAAUCAUAGCUUUUUAUGGAUGUAGGGUUAUCUUCGUUACCUGAUCUGACUACCCCCUUAUUUGGGCCAAGUGGUAGUAAAACUAGUGACAAUUUAGAGACGGAUCAUCAAAACCUUUCUCUAGGCAAUGGACAUGCAGACUCCAUGUCUGAAUCAAGUGACUCCAGUUCUCAUUCUGACUCAGAUGCUGAAAAUGAAGAUGUAAAAAAUAAAAACAAUUCCUCUUCUGAGGAGGAAACUGAAUUACCAAAACAAAUUCAGUUAACAGACGAUGAUGAAGACGAUGAAUAUGAUAAGAAAUCGGAAAACUCUGGUUCUGAUGACAAUGUUGAGUCUGAAAAAAAUGAUACAAACUCAGAAUCUGGUGAAGAGAAAAAGGAUACUAAUUCUGAAGCUGAUUCUUCUUAUGAUGAAGAUGAUGAAAACAGGAAGGACAAAAAGACCAAGGAUAAAAAGAAUAUCAAGAGAUCCCUCUUUGACACUGAUUCCCAAGACACAGGGGAUAAUGAAACAUUACGCAGCGGUAGUGGGCGCAGAGUGACAGCAAUACGAGAGUUAAAAGAUGAAUGGGAUCAAAAGCCUGAUCUCUAUGGAAUUAGAAGAUCUGGGCGUUCUAGAAGAGAAGUGGUUCGCUAUAAUGUUGGGAAUAGUGAUAGUGAAGGGGAUAAAAAGAAAAGGAGGAGAAGGAGAGAAUCAGAGGAUUGGAAGAGUCAUGAAGAUGAUGAUAAUGAUGAUGAGAGCGAGGAUGGCAGUAGCGGAAGUGAUAAUUUUAAGCCUGCAAAGAAUUCUAAGAGGACACGAGCACCCCCUCGAUCAUCUAGAAAGCGUGCAACACGGGUAGCACCCAGAAUAAAAGCCAGGAGUAAAAACCUAUCAUCUUCAGAAUCUUCAGAUGAUAGUGACUCUUACAGCAGACCAGUACCACAAAGGAAAAGUGCUCAGAAAGUUAGGAGCAAGUAUCAUAACCGUCCAAUCAGGCACAAAGCUUGUAAAAAGAAAGUUAGCUAUAAGGAAGACACAGACGAAGCUACAGAUUCAGACGAUAUUAUUGAAGCAACCACUCCAUUAGCAGAUAUUGAAGAAGAAAACAGAGAAACAAUUGAAAAAGUGCUAGAAGUUCGGCUUGGAAGGAAAGGAGCAACUGGGCACAAGACAACUUUAUAUAAUGUCAGGGAAAACAGUGACCCUAACCUAACACCUUUAAAAGAAGGAGAAAAAGAAGAAAAGGAAACACAGUAUCUUAUUAAGUGGAAGGGCUGGUCCCAUAUCCAUAAUACAUGGGAGACAGAAGCCUCACUUAGAGAGCAAAAAGUUAAUGGAAUAAAAAAAUUGGAAAACUUUAUGAAAAGGGAAGCAGAGAUAAGAGAAUGGAAAGAAAAUGCGACUCCAGAAGAUGUUGAAUACUAUGAUUGCCAACAAGAGAUGAUGCAAGACCUUAUAGAAUCACAUAAAAUAGUAGAGCGAAUUAUUUGUCAUCGUAAAGAAAAUAAUGGAUCUGCUGAAUAUAUGUGCAAGUGGCAAGGGUUACCAUAUGCAGAGUGUACAUGGGAAGAUGGAGAGCUGGCAUCUAAACUCUUUCAGAAUCACAUUGAUAAAUAUUUAGCAAGAAACAAGUCUCAGUGUAUCCCUACCAAAUUAACUCGUGUACUAAAAGUGCGGCCAAAGUUUGCCCCUUUAAAAAGCCAACCAUCUUAUUUAGGUGGUGUUGAAAACUUGGUUUUAAGGGACUACCAGCUAGAUGGUCUGAACUGGUUAAUACACUCAUGGUGCAAGGAGCACAGUGUCAUUCUUGCUGAUGAAAUGGGUUUGGGAAAAACCAUUCAGAUUAUAAGCUUUAUUACCUAUCUUUUUAACCAACAUCACUUAUACGGUCCAUUUUUGCUUGUGGUGCCGUUAUCAACGGUUGUGGCCUGGCAAAGGGAAUUUGAAAAAUGGGCUCCAGAGAUGAAUGUCAUUGUGUAUAUUGGAGAUGUCAUAAGCAGAACUGUGAUUAGAGACCAGGAGUGGAGACACCCUGGAAAUAAAAGGUUGAAAUUUAAUGCACUAAUCACAACCUAUGAAAUUUUAUUGAAAGAUAAGGCAUUUUUAGCUGCAGAAUCAUGGGCAUUCCUUGGUGUUGAUGAAGCUCACAGAUUAAAGAAUGAUGAUUCGCUAUUAUACAGAUCUUUAGAAACAUUUGAUACAAACCACAGAAUUCUUAUUACAGGCACACCAUUACAAAAUUCACUCAAAGAAUUAUGGUCACUCCUGCAUUUCAUAAUGCCUAAUGUUUUUGAUAAUUGGCCUGAUUUUGAGGACAAACAUUCACAUGAAGAAGGUAGAGGUUUUUUGUCCUUGCACAAGCAGCUGGAACCAUAUCUUUUGCGAAGAGUGAAGAAAGAUGUAGAAAAAUCACUACCUGCAAAAACUGAGAGAAUUUUGCGUGUUGAGUUAUCAUCGUUACAAAAGACCUAUUACAGGGCAAUUUUAAAGCGAGAGUUUCGCACGCUGAUGAAGGGAUUGCGUGGAAAUGUAUCAUCAUUUGCUAACAUAAUGAUGGAAUUGAAAAAAUGUGCCAAUCAUGCUCAUUUGGUAGUGCCAUUAGAAGAAGAGCCAGCCUAUAAAGAUAAACUACAGAUUCUCCUGCGAGGUAGUGGGAAACUAUUGUUGCUAGAUAAAUUGCUGGUGAGGUUAAAAGAAACAGGACACAGAGUUUUGAUAUUUUCUCAAAUGGUCAGAAUGCUUGAUAUAGUAGCUGAAUAUCUACAGUGCAGACAUUUUCAGUAUCAAAGACUUGAUGGCACGAUCAGGGGAGAUUUAAGAAAGCAAGCAUUAGAUCAUUUUAAUGCUGAAGGAUCUCAGGACUUUUGCUUUUUAUUAUCAACUCGUGCAGGUGGUCUUGGUGUAAACUUGGCCACUGCAGAUACUGUAAUAAUUUUUGACAGUGACUGGAACCCUCAAAAUGAUCUGCAAGCUCAGGCUAGAGCUCAUCGUAUUGGUCAAACAAGACAAGUCAGUGUCUACCGGUUGGUUACCAGUUCUACUGUUGAAGAAAAAAUUGUGGAAAGUGCCAAAAAGAAAAUGGUGCUUGAUCACUUAGUGAUUCAGAGGAUGGACACUACUGGCAGAACUGUUUUAGACAGAGGCUCAGCACCUUCCAGUGCUGUUCCAUUUAGCAAAGAAGAGUUGUGUGCUAUUUUAAAAUUUGGAGCAGAAGAGUUGUUUAAAGAAAAAGAUCAUGAAGAUGAGGAAGAGCAACAGGUAGAUAUUGACGACAUAUUAAAUCGUGCUGAGGAGCAUGAAACAGAAAGUAAUACAGUUGGAGAUGAACUUUUGUCUCAGUUCAAAGUUGCAAGUUUUGGUAAUUUAGAAGAAGAAACUGAGACUUCUCGGGCCAGUUUUGGUGAAGAAGGAAAAGAUUGGGAUGAAAUUAUCCCAGAAGAUGUAAGGCUGAAAAUGGAAGAAGAAGAAAGACAACAGAAGAUGUUAGACUUAGAACUUGGACCUAGAAAUAGAAAGACUAUAAAACAGCUUCAAGUUGACUAUGAUUCAGAUAAAGACAAUAAGAAAAAAAGAAAAAAAAAAGGUCAGUCAGAAAGUGAAGCCAGUGAAGAGGAAGAAGAGGAAGAUGAUGAAGAUCAGCCUCGUAAAAGAGGAAGACCUAGAGGUGGCACAAAAGAUGGUGUUAGAGGAUUCUCUAAUGCUGAAAUAAGACGUUUUGUGAAAAGCAUAAAAAAGUUUGCCGCUCCUUUGAAAAGGCUAGACGCUAUAGCAGAGGAUGCAGAGCUCCAGGAAAAAAGUGAAGCUGAUUUGCGACGAUUAGCAGAAUAUUUAAGACGUGCUUGUGAAGAUGCGACAAAGGAACACAACCAAAAGCUUCAAGAAAAUCCAAAUCCAGAAGUAGGUAAGAAAACUCACAAAGGACCCUCUUUUAAGAUAGCAAGUGUGAGUAUUAAUGCACAGUCUCUUUUGAAAGCUGAAGAGGAUCUCAAGCCACUUUCAGAUGCUGUACCAGAGGAUAAAGAACAACGAAAAAAGUGGAGACUUGAUCAGCCUGUUAAAAAAGUUCAUUGGGAUUGUUUCUGGAACAUAGAUGAUGAUAGUUCACUACUUAAAGGAAUUUACGAGUAUGGUUUGGGCAGCUGGGAAGCUAUUAAAAUGGAUGAGAAUUUAGGCUUAUCCGAUAGGAUUCUGCCUGAUGGAGAAUUAAAACCUCAAGCCAAGCACCUGCAAACUAGAGUAGAUUACUUGCUCAAGCUUUUGAGGAAAGAUGCUGUUACUCCACCCAAUAAGUCAACUAAAGCAAGAAAAAGAAACCCAAAAUCGAAAGCUGAAAUCAUUGAAAGAGAUGACUCUAGCAGUUCUGAUGAAAAUAAAGAAAAGAAACCUUCAGGAACAGACAUAACAGCGAAGAAAAAACAUUCAAUUGACAAAGAUGUAAAAAAAGAAGUUUUAUCAGAUAUAAGUGAUAUUGAACUGGAUUCGGAAGAUGAUGCAAAACCAAAAAAGAAUAAAGGCAGGCCUUCAAAAAAAUCUUUAAAAGAUGGAAAAAUUGAGAAAAAAGACAAACCUGUUAAAGGAAAAGGAAAACAUAAAAAAAAGCAAUCUGGCCCCAUGCAUUUUACGGCUUCAUCUGAGCCAAAGGAAAUAGCAGAUGAAGCAGAAGAAGAAGAACGUCAAAAAAUGGAACCAAAAGUUUUUGAUGAGUGCAAAGAAAAGAUGCGUCCGCUGAAGAAAGUAUUGAAACAAUUAAGUGAACCUGAUGAAAGUUUAAGUGAAAAAGAUCAAGUUGCAUUUAUUCGGAGUAUCUUGCUUAAGAUUGGAGAUCAUAUCAAUGUUUGUAUUGAAGAAUAUUCGGAUCCUGAGAAAAUAAAGUUUUGGCGAGACAAUUUGUGGUUAUUUGUGUCAAAUUUCACAACGUUAAAUCACAAUAAACUACGUAAAUUAUACAAAGGAGCUUGUAAAAAGAGAGAAAGUGAAAAGCAUGAUAAAAAAGAGGAUAAUGACUCAAAACAGAGAAAUAACCAUUUAAAAAGAAGCCAGGAAAAGUUUGACAAAGAAGCAACAACAAAGAAACCAAACUUGGGACACAGAAAUGAUCGUCAUCACACCAUACAGCAUCCACAUCAUCAUAAAGAAAGCCAUGUAAAUAGUCAUCAUAAUAAAACUCAGCAACCAAGGCCUGCAGUGGUUCACCCUUCAACCACAUAUCGCCCUGGAACAGCUAAAGAUGGAACAGAGCAAGGUGGGGCUAGUCCAAGCAAUUCUUGGACUUUAGCCAGCCCACUUUCUCGCACAGAAGAUGCCACCAGAAAUAGAUUUGAUAGUGCAUACAACCGCCAUCCCCACCCCAAUCCCUACUCUCACCAUGAGUCUCACCGCAGUGAUAGAACAGAUUCUAAAGAUUCUUACUACAGGUUUAACAGUGACCGUCAAGGGCCAGGUAAUCAACAUUACCACCGUGAUUUUAGAGGGAGAAGUGAACAUAGAACAGGAUAUCGCCCAGACCCACAUAGAGGUGACCAUCAUCGCCCUGAGUAUGGCAACCACUAUAGGGACCAGAGUAGUGGGCAGCAGCAACAUUACAAUAGAGAAAGAAGUGGAGAGGAAUGGGGAACAAACAGUCAUCAUACUUAUGCUGGAGAACGUAAACGUCGUGGUGAGAGACCAGGAGAGGAUUACCAUGACUGGGAGAGGAGAUCUCACAAAGAUCCAAGAUUAGAAAUGAAAUCACGCUAUCCUCAACCCCCUCCACCUGGGGAUUCCCCAUCCAACUUUCCUCAUCACUGACCUUAGUUGUGCCACCCAGACAGAAAGGACAAUGCUGCCUGUUUAUUCUAAAGUUGCCCAGAAUCUUCAGCAUCGUAUCAUUAUGUAUCUAAAAAGCCAGUUUGCCCCAUUAAAUGAAAUUGUUAGAUAAAUGAGCUUUGUGUAAAGCACCAUGAGACGUGUUUACAGAAUCUCAUUUGGAUACAAAAAUUGAGUGAAUCCCAUCACAUGUAACACUUGUGUUAUAGAUGCAUGUUGCUAGCUUGAUUUGUUUUAACUGUUGGAGUGUAUAAAAACAAUGGUAAGCUUUGGUAAAAUUGUUGAUUGUUCAAAUCGAGCUCAUCUAUUUUUUGUGUGAAAGAAUUCUGUUAAUGAUUUUUGUUUAUGGAUACUUGAUGUUGAAAUUUUUAAACUAAUGAUCACCUUUUGUAUUGAUUUUGUUUAAGUAACAUUUUUAUUUCUACCUGUAAGCUACUGCAUAAGUGGUAUUACAAGUCAAAAAUAUUUUAGAAGUUUUCUUCACAUAGGUUGAAGGUAUUAUUUUAAGUAUAGUGUUGUCCAGUUAUUUAUAUUAAUGGAAACCUGACAUUCCUUUAUGAUUGGUGGUUGUACACUUUUUAAUGUCCUUUCCGUCUAGGUGGCAUUGGUGGCUUAAGCUCUGUGAAAAAGUGUAAGACCAGAUAUUGUGCUGAAUGUACUUGUAGAUUUGUUAUUCCAAGGAUUGAAACUAGAUUUAUUGGCUCAUUUGUUUCAUUCUUUUCAUUUUCAUGUGUUCAUUUUUGUUUCCAAUCUUCCAUUGCUUUUGUAAAGAUUUAAAUUUGCCUCAGGAAGGUCAAAUCCUUGUGUUUGGGGUAAGUGAGAUGAAAGUCUUUAGGCAGCUUACAUAGAGUUCCUUUGAUCUAAACAUUGGGAGUGUAUUUUAUCAUCUUAAUGAAUAACCUACCCUCUAUGAAUUGAAUCAAAAUGCUGAUUCAUUUGUUCCUUUAAUAGUGACUGAUUGUACAAAUGAAUAAUACAUUUUAAGAGUUCUUUUUGUAUGGAGUCCAUUGUGAUUGUUCAUCACCCUCACAUUGGCAUUGUACAUACAAGCAAGCAAAUCUGUCAAGGUUUUCCAAGUGUAGACACCUAAUUGUCAGCUGAGAAAUAUACAGGGGGGGGGGUGGUGAUUUCAAGGAUGUUCUGUUCAUUUAUAUUUCUAGAUUUUUAGAUCUGUAUAAUGAUUGCCUUGUGUGUGUACCUUUAGUCUUUGUUUUUUUGUUUUCAUGUACAUAAUGUAAAUAAUAAAAAGAAAUGAUGAAAAUAUAUCUUUACAAGUG